GAGAAGGCUGAGAUGGCCAAAUCCACCCCUCGAGGCGUGUUGUUGUAGGUAUUUGCUCCAUGAGUCAGAAGUGAUCUUUUCAAGCCUGGUGAUUGAGUAACAGGCAGGAAAGAAGGUCAGAAGAAAAAAGAAGAAAAGAAGAAACCAAAGAGAGAGAGAGAGAGAGAGAGCUGCCAAAGCCUUGCCUCUCCUGAACCAAGGGAGGCCAAGGAGGCUGUGGAUGUGUGCGGUGGUGCUUUUUCCCCAGCCAGGGCUUGUUAAUUUCAUUUCUCUCUCAAAAAAAGGAAAGAACGAAAGAAAGAAAGAGAGAGAAGGGCCCAGAGGGGCGGGGAAGGGCGGGGAGUAACGGGCAGAUUAAGGAACUUGUCACUGCGAACUGCUCAGACUUGCUUAGGAAAAUCCCUGGGUUGCCUCUUCCUAUCUGGCUCUCUGCUGAAGAAGAAGAAGAAGAAGAGAAGGAGAAAAUGGAGAAAAAGGAGGUCUAGAAAGCCUUUUCCCUUCUUUCUUGAAAAAGGGAAAGGUCACUUUUACCUUUCUAAAAAGAGAGCUAUUUCUAUCUCUUCUACCUUCUUCUUCCCCAUCCUAUGAUGAAGUUCUUUCUCCUUUGGCUCUGGCUGCUCCGGGUGGAUUCUCUGAUGUACCCGGCCAUCAUCUCCCCGCAAGACCCCAGCCUCCUCAUCGGCGCCUCGCUCACGGCCAGCUGUUCGGUCAGCGCUGACUCCAGCCUGAGGGCCGAGGACCUUUACUGGACCCUGAAUGGCCAGCGGCUCCCGGAGGACACGUACCGCGUCCUGGGACCCCGCCGCCUGAGUGUCACCCUUUCCCACCUGAACGGCUCCCAGCAGCAGUCGGGGGACAAUCUCGUCUGCCACAGCAAGAGGGGUGGGGGCAUCUUGGCCGGGUCCUGCCUCUAUGUCGGAUUGCCUCCAUCCAAACCCACUAAUAUUUCAUGCUGGUCUAAGAACCUGAAGGAUCUCACUUGCCGAUGGGCGCCAGGAACCGAAGGCGAAACGUAUCUCCACACUAAUUACACCCUGAAGUAUAAACUGAGGUGGUAUGGCCGGGACAACGCUUGCCAAGACUACCACACAGCUGGGCCAUAUUCCUGCCACAUCCCCAAAGACCUGGCCCUCUUCACGCCUUACGAGAUCUGGGUGGAGGCCUCCAAUCGACUCGGGGUGGCCGUCUCCGAAGUGGCCAUGCUGGACAUCGUCGACGUGGUCACGACCGACCCGCCUUCGGACGUCCAUGUGAGCCGGGUGGGAGACCUGGAGGACCAGCUAAGUGUACGCUGGAGCGCCCCGCCAGCCCUCAAAGACUUCCUCUUCCAAGCCAAGUAUCAGAUCCAGUACCGGGUGGAGGACAGCACCGAGUGGAAGGUAGUGGACAACAUGGGCAACCAGACCUCCUGCCGCCUGGCUGGCCUAAGACCCGGCACAGUCUACUUUGUCCAAGUCCGCUGCAACCCAUUUGGCAUCUAUGGCUCCAAGAAAGCCGGCAUCUGGAGCAGCUGGAGCAACCCCACCGCUGCUUCCACCCCACGGAGUGGACGGGCACCAGGCGUCUGCGAACCCAAGAGCGGGGAGCACAACAACACCUUGCGGCGCGAGCUUAAGCAGUUCUUCGGGUGGAUGCGCAAACACGGGAGCUGCGCCAACCUGAGUAUCAAGAUGUAUGACCAGUGGCGGGUCUCGCUCCAGAAGUCCCACAAAACACGGAACCAGGUAGGUCCUAUCCGGUGAUAAAUCCUAGCCAGGUUGGAAGAGUUUCCCCAAAGCUGACAGUUGUGGACAAUAUGGGGAAUCACACCAAUCCGCCGCCAUGAUUGGGAUGAAGCAAUGGGGUCUUUUGUGAGACACGGGUCUGGCCAUAAAUGUGACUUUCAGCAGGCCAUUGUAUCUUCCUGCUCAUUCUGACCCAUAGAUGUACAAAUGUACAAAUAUUUAUAUACGGACUUAUAUGUUGCCUUUCGAGGCUUUCCUUUUCCAUGCGAGCCCAGAUCUGACCCGGAAGGCUGAAAACUCUCUAGUAUGUGUUAACAAUAAAACUUUGUCUAUUUCUCCACGAA